AUGAAAUCAGAAUUAUUGUUUUCAUUUGACAUGGAGCAGUUUUUAACCCACUUACAUAUAUCAAAUGGAUUUUCCAAAAAAGUUAUCAAAGAGAACUUAAAAAUAUUUUAUAAAUUAUACAAAUAUCAGUUGUAUGAAGUUCAAUCUCUAGAUUUAUUUGAAUUAUCAAUUAAAACCAAUAAUUUAACAUUUUUAAAAAUAAUUUAUAAAGACUGUGUCAACUCAAAUUGCAAUGGAGCCAAUAAUAAUAGAUAUGAUGAUUAUUUCAAACAUAGAGGGGAUUUAAUCGAUAUUGGUCUAACUUAUGGAGAAAUGGAUAUACUGGAAUACCUCCACGAGAAAAUGUCAAUAAAAAGAUUCAAUACAAUAAAUGCUAUCGAAAAUUGCUGCCAUUCAAAAAAUAAAAGUAUAGCUUUUAAAUUCCUCAUAAACAACCUCAAAUAUGAAAUCAGUAAUCAAGAUUUUAAAGAAAUAACACAAAUUAUAAACCCAUUCACUUUAGAUAGAGACAUCUUAUUACAAAUAACAUCCAAGGCUGACUUAAAUAUAGAAAAUAUAAUUAAAAUUAUAUCAAUUUAUUUAGAAGAUAGUUUUAUUUUAAACUCUGACGUAUCCAUAAAAACAAUCUUUAAUAUAUUUUACAUUAUCAAAAAUAAUAUAAAUCCAAUUCCAUGCAAUAAUCUUCAUCACUUAAUAAACAAAAUAGUUUCAAAACCUACCAAUGGAAUAGAGUGGGGUGAAAUUGACUCACAUCAAGAAAAAGAAAUCAUAAAGUUUUUUAUUUUUGAAUUUUUAAUGGAUAAGGAAAUAAAACCAUAUUGUAAAGAAAAGGAUUUAUUAAAGAUAGGGUUGCAGUAUAUAAUUCACUUUAAAGAGUACGAGCUAAUAAAAUUAUUUAUUGUCCAUAAAAAAAUACCUACCUCAACAUUAAAUGUAUCAGAUAAUUUCAACCAUCAAGAAAUUGAUACAAACAGCUUUUGCUACAAGUACGGUGUUAGAUUUGCAAAUUUUCACCUUUUUCAAUAUAUAUACUUCAACUUUAGAGAGUGUUUUAAUUGGAAUGAUAGAUUAGCCGGAGGAUUUAUAGCAAGUAAAGGAGAUGUUGAACUUAUGAAAUUUAUUCAUGAUAACAAUUUAAAUGAUUUAAUAGAUCCUCAUUUUAUUAUAGAGCACGGAGCUUCAUCAAAUAUAGAAAUGGUCCAUUAUUUAAAUGAAAAAGGAUAUACAGUGUCAUCUCUCAGCUAUUCUGAAUCAUUAAAGCAUGGAAAAGAUGAAAUAUUCCUAUACCUCUUGGAAAAUACAGACAAACCAAUAGAUUUAAAUAUUCAAUCAAUAUCUCACAACUUAAAUAUGCCAAAACUAUUAAAUACAGAUUAA